AUGUCUACAUCCUCGAUAUAUUCCAAUUUGUCCUCCGGGGCUAUGAGAUAUAUGUUUCAUCAUGUGUUUCUCCCUCCUAAGCUUCCACAAGAGGAUGACUAUAAUCCUGAAUACGAGCUUGCGCUCCUUGAUAGCGUAAUACAAGCCCUCGAACGGUUUAGAACCUGUGUCCCAGUGAAGCAGGAUGGGGUUUUCGCAUCUGUCAUCGAGAUGGUUUGCCGUUUGAAAAGCCAAGCUGGAUUUCACGGAGAUGUGAACGAAGGUAAAUUGUUACAAAACCUGCAGAAAUUGAGUCAUGACGGGGGAUUUUUACCCAUCUAUGUUCAUAGUCAAAACGCCGCAGUUCUAUUAACUGCGGUUAAGGGUGAGAUCCAGACAGAGGCAUUCGAAUUAUCGCCUCAUAAUGAAUCCGUCUAUAGCACCGUGGGCCGGCUACAGCGUCAAUUCCCGGGCCCGGCAUUUGGCUUGGAUCGGGAAACCUUUGAGGAACCGACCCUACAACAUACUAUUGCGCAGACUCUCUCCAGAAUGAGCUAUCAGUCCGCACCCGAGACUACGCCUAAGGUGAGGAAAGCUGGGAAGUCACAUGAAGAGGAGAGAGAUACAACCAAGCCAAUCAUGGUAACCGAACUUUUCAUCACGUUUUUACGACCUCUAUGUCGGGCCUCAGAGAAUAUACAGAUACAGAAGAAUACUCGCGAAGAAGUGCUAUGGUCCAAAACUAGAAUGCCUUGGCGGCGAUCUUCUUUUUGGCUUAUGAUUCGAGUGGUUCUUCAACUAAUCAUCCAAAGACGUUGCGUGCACGAGGGAUUGACGGCAGAACUUUACAAGCACUUUAUGGUGUUCUUCAUGGCUAUGCUUCUCCAAAUGUUCGGUGAGAAGAUAGAUGCCGAAGAAAAAUACAUCAUGACAGCUAAAAUCGCUCGCCGACUGCGGAAGCUUGAUCUGGCCAUUGCUCCUGUUUGGUUUCACGUCGUUGAAGAUGCGCUUGGCCAUGCCAACAGCAGCAUCCAACAGGCUUGGGACUCGGUUGUGUCACAAAACAGGUCGAGUAUAGGGUUGUAUCGCCUGGAAAGUUUGAAUUUCGGAGAAGCCAUCUAUUGUUCGCCGCCAGGUCUAGAUGAAUGGCUGGAAAGUAUUCAUCAACGUCAACGCAUUUCAGCCUCCGCAGAGUUUCAGCCGCGGCCAAAACUGCGACAUUAUCAAGCGACGGAGCUCCCCUUUCAUCUAGACUUCCAUGACCCAGAGUAUGACCUCUUUAACCUCGCCACCGUAGAGAGCUGGGUCGAGUCUCAUCUUGAGAGCUGGCUUCAAAUCCAUUUAGCACAAGGAAGCGCCUGUCAGCAGCUGAGAAACCUGAUCGACCGUUACCAUAAAGUUGCGCUGCCAGUAUACUCCUCCAAUCCAGAAGCCGUUUCAAUUAUGCUUCUUACAAUCUUGGAGUUGUGGAUUGCUUGUGACAAGAUAGCAAUUCAUCUACAUCCCAUGCUCCAGGAAUAUGAUUGUAGUAUCCCGAUGACUAUGUAUUCAUCACUCUUGUUACCCUAUCAAUCUCAGUUGGUACGAUUGGAACAUGCAGAGGCAUAUAUGGAGCAACGGCGAUCCCGCAUACUAUAUCGCGGGUCAGGCAUCUUCAAGGAUUUUGGUACUUCCAAUUGUUUCCCGGUACGGUAUUUCGAUAGAUCUGCAGACCAUCAGAGGUUAUUGGCAGAGAUCGAAGAACGCGCUGCUAGCGAGAGAGCAGCGAAGCGGGCAGAACUUGAGCUAAAGCAAGAAAAAUAUCGAGAUCUACUUGCUCUGGUCAAUAAAAUGAACUGCACGUACAUCGACACUAUAGUCGAUCAUCGUUUUAAUAUUCAUGAAUCCCGCCAUAGCCAGUCUUGCGGGCGUUGUGGCUAUGAUAAGCAGGCAAAAGCAAUCAGCAUCGAGAUUCACGAAUGGCCUUUGUCAUCUAAUCACCUACAGGCCAAGUCAACUGUCUUCGAACUGAGGAGACCACAGCCAUUCGCCUGGUGGCGUGAAGCCACGCUCUGUUUUCUCAGUAUUCUGCACGUUGAGUACUCCGCCCAUAAUCGACCUCGAGCUGAUUACAGGCCUCAAUCAUACCGUGGGCUAUCGUCCUUUUAUACUCAUGUCGAAGACGCAGGAAGAAUCCACCUUCUUUCACAGGUCAAACCUCACCUUGGCACACACAGGAGGGAUAGGAGGAUCAUUCACGUGACUGAUGAAGAUGUGUGUCUUAACAACGGGAUGUAUCUCCAGUAUUAUGAUGAUUCCGCUGGCUGUUUCGUGGCGGACUUUGACUUCGGAAAGGAGACAACUGCAACAUUGUGCACCUAUCGGCUACCUGAAAAAAGUUCAUCGUUACAGAAAUUUUUAUUUCGACCAGCAGGUAGCAGUGAUGGACCAGCCCCUAAUACGGUCAUUUCCUCUCUAAAUAUGUGCCCGGAGGACAUGACGCUUGCAGAAUACAGGGCGCUCUGUGCAAUGCCACUCGGUAUGCACAUACAGUGGCAAAACAUCCUCCGGCAGUUAGCCAUGCCAAAUGUCGUUUGGAAAAAGACAGAAACAUGCAUUUUUCUUUUACAGUUGGUCAAUCAGGCGGGCCCGGCCGGAAGCUCUUUCUUGAGAACUGGACAUGCUAUUCUCGAAGAUGAUCGAUUCGCAGUGGCACUGCUAACCGAGGUCAGAAAGUUGGCAGAAAGAAUUGAAGAAAAUUGGGAAUCAGCUCAGGAGCUGUUGGCGUUGAUUCUGAUCAUCCAGAGAGUGCUCUCCCUUUCCAAUUCCACCGCAAUACACGAUCUCUGUUUUGAUAACCUAUCAUACGUACGGGAUGUUGCAUUCCGUUGGGUUACUAUUGUCAGGGACAAGGCAAACAGCACAGUUGAAGACAGUCAUCGUACCGCAUUGAUGGCUCACAGUGCUCACAUUGCCUUGAUUUGUGCAUGUACCUUUGGUACAGAAGGAGCACAUCUUUCUCGGAUUGUGGAGAGCACAUCGGCGGUAACAAUUUUCCUUCAAUGCUGUAUGAUGAUUCACGACAGGGAAAGUAUUCUCGACAUGAAAGCCAACGCGCUGCUUCCAAUUCUAAUGUUUCGAUGGAAGUCUUUAUCCUAUCGUUACUAUCGACUCAUAGCCGAAAACAGCACCCUCCUUCGUAAACAAUCCGCGGCUCUAGAUGAGGCUAUUGCACGGACGUGGGCCGCAUACCACAAGGGCUCUCCUUGGUCUGUUGUAUCAAGAGAGACUAACUAUUGGUUAGUUACUCGAAUGACAUCCGAAUCCUCAAAAACGAGUGACUUGUGUGUGCAUUAUAACAUUCUGAAUGGGGAGCUACUCAUCAAUGGCCGCCCGCUUGCUUCGCUGCCUUCUAGGUACGAACGCCAUCAAACGUAUCAGUCUUUAUUUGGGCGGUCACUCGUUGAGGUGAUGCCCAGUAACCUUCCCGGAAUGCAGUUUUCCGGACAGCGGAGACACAGGGGCUAUACGAUACAUUUCGGGAAAAAGGAGAUUUCUGGAUCAAAAAUAUUUGAUCUCUGUGUUCGUGCGAUAGAUGAAAGGGAGACCUUGGAGUUUAUUCCACCAAGACUAUUCGCCGGGUGGUUCCCUGACGCUUUCGUGGAGGAUUACACCCACUGGUAUAACAUGGAUCAAGGAUACGUGGAGUUUCGACCCAUCAAGAACCCAUGGCUGGCAUCAAAUGGCAACUGGAAACUUCAAAAGACUGAUGCACAUCGUGAUUGGUGUCUCAUGAAAGGUAGCAACAGUUUGAUUUGCUUACGAAGUGAGGCGGCAAAGCAGAUGUCCAACAUCCUAAGCCCGUUGGAGAAUGCCUCGAAAAUGCAAUGUACGCUGGUGGGCUCCUCUAUCGUGGAAAUUGAGAUACCCCGUCUGAGAACUAGUUUCACUCUUCAGGUGGGACACUCUGCCAUGCGAUCUCGCCAGUACCCUGGAAUGGUGAUUGCUGAGGACCAAUCCUUGGGUACGCUUGUUGGUCUUCGCAAUAAGCUGAUACUGAGGAGUGAAGUCAAUGACGAACGCAUGGUGCUUAUCCCUGAGGGUCCUGUGACAUGGAAACGUGUGAUAGGCCACAUUGCAAUCAUUAUCGGAUGGCAACAAGUCACCUGUGUCCAUUCUUACUCAAUAGAUAGUCAGUUGGGCCGACUGGUCGACAACGGAAGUCUACAGAGCAAGCUCCUGCUAUGCUAUUUGCAUGCUGUUAGUUCCUUUUGUAUCCCAGACCCUCUCACUGGAAAGACGGGAACUGAAGAAUCAUUAUGCAUUCUUCGAUCCGCGUCCCUGCGUUCUUUUACACAAUUGCAACUAGAAAAUACCGCGAUUCUGGAAAAGCUGGCAGAGCUCACUCCUCAAAGGCAGUACUAUCCGGACAAUGAAAAAAUAAUGCAGACGAUCAAGUGGCGGAGAGAUCUUCAUUGCUUGUCACAUCAUGAAGAUUUUCAGAAAGAGGUGGCGGAUAUAUUCGACCAGGACCGUAGGAUGAGAAUUUUCUAUCCAAACAUCCCGAUAGAUAAGCCUGCAUUGCCAGACUCAGACCCCCAGUUACUGCAACGUUCUCGACUUCGUACAUCAACCUUUAGGGUCUCAGGUUUUGGAGCUGAAGACUUCACAACUACACACGAUUGCAUUUAUCCUGGUCGCGACAGAUUUUACCAGUCCGAUGAGUGCAGUCGCAUCUAUACUCUUUGUCACACUCUUAACCACAACUACGGAUUCCUGGAAGGGAUGGAAUCUUCAAGCAUUGUCUCUCAUCUUUGGAAUUUUCUUACCAAGUAUGACAGUAUAAACGGCCCUGAAGCUUUGAUGGAUUCGGCCAAUAUCCGAUACGAUGCUAGCUACAUAUUGGAUCCAAAUAAAAUUAUUGCCACAAAUUGGUGUGGUAUUCAUCGCGCAUUCUAUGACCACCCCUCUCGUCCGAACAAGUAUCAAGUCAUGAUUUGGCUUUCAACCUUGGCAUUUUCGAAGCGUUCGGACAUGGUGGCUCUGAGAGUCCUUGCAGCGAUGUAUACUCUCACUGAUAUGGGGGUCUUGUGGCCGCCCCGCAGACCAAGAUUUUGGCCAAAAAGAGGGUACGAGUUCAAUGAGCAAGAAUUAAGAUCUAGUACCAGCGGCGCCAUUUGGUUCACGACCCCGGAAUCCCAAUUAUCUCCUGAACCAUGGGAAAGUUACCCGACGUUUCAGUCGCGGAUAAAGAAACGUACGAAAGACAAUAGGAGACAAGCAUUGGAUGAAUUCAUGCGAGACUUGCGUCAACAGUGGCCAAUCUCUUCCUCAACGAUUCCUCCAACCAAGGGGAAUCUCAAAUUUACUGACUACUUUGACGUCAAAAAAGUUAUGGAGCAGCGCGCAAAGCGGUUGGUGAGUCUAAUAGAUCGUCCCGAGGAUCUUAUCCAGGAAUUUCAGAACCAGGGCCAUUCCAACUGGGACCCAUACGAUUAUCCAGAGUCACUGCUGCUGGAGAUCGAGAAUGGAAUUUUAAUUCGAGACGUGCAGGAGGAGAUAGCGCGAAAGAUGCGAACGUUAAAACCGGGUUCUAACGCAGUCAUGCAGCUCAACAUGGGUGAAGGCAAAUCCUCAGUCAUCGUGCCCAUUGUUGCAGCUGCUCUGGCCGACGGAUCUCGCUUAGUCCGCGUUCUUGUCGCUAAGCCACAGUCAGGUCAGAUGUUUCACAUGCUGGUCUCAAAGCUUGGAGGUCUUCUGGGUCGACGGAUCUAUCAGUUGCCUGUGUCGCGGUCACUUCGAAUAGGUAUAUCGGAGGCGGAUGAGACCGAGCGCAUGUGUCGAGAUUGCAUGAAGACCGGGGGGAUUCUCUUAGUCCAGCCGGAACACAUACUAUCUCUCAGACUUAUGUGCCUUGAAUCCUUCAUUAUGGGCAAGAUUGAGAUUGGGAGAUCUAUUUUUCGAACGCUUCAAUUAUUCCGUAAUUCGUCUCGCGACGUAGUGGAUGAGAGCGAUGAGAAUUUUAGCGUCAAAUUUGAGCUUAUCUACACUAUGGGUGCUCAGCAGCUCUUGGAAUUCAGCCCAGAGAGAUGGAUUGUCGUCCAACAAAUCUUGGAGCUGGUAAGGAGGUACGCUGUAGACAUGAAGGAGGAAUUUGCUCGCUACAUCGAAGUGGAUCAACACCGGCCAGGGAGAUUUCCUCGAAUAAGAUUGCUGCACGAUAGUGCGGGUCGAGAGCUUCUUGGACGGAUUGCCCAACACAUCUGUGAGAAUAAUAUUGACUCCUUAGCGAUCUCGCGGCAGACCGAGAAAUCGAGGAGAGCCAUUCUGAAGUAUAUUCUGAAUCCUGACUUAUCGGCGCAAGAGAUUGACGACGUUGAAAACGAAGCCCCCUCCAGCUUUUGGAGUGACAGCACGAAAGAUGCGCUUCUUCUCUUGAGGGGGCUUCUUGCUGGUGGUGUUCUAGCUUUCUGCCUUGGACAGAAGCGUUGGAGGGUCAACUACGGUUCUGAUCGUAUAAGACACCCAGCAAGCAGGCUUUCGGUUCCAUAUCGUGCGAAGGACAACCCAGCUCCAAGAUCGGAAUUCAGUCACCCGGAAGUUGUCAUCGUCCUCACAAGCCUGAAUUAUUACUACGGCGGUUUAGAUGACGAAGAGGUGCUUCUCGCGUUUGACCAUCUAGUCAAAUCAGAUCAAAAGGAAAUUGACUUUCAGAUCUGGCUAAAUGAUGCGCCAACGCUCCCACAGGCAUACCGCCAAUUAGGCGGCAUCAACCUCCAGGAUCGGUUUCACUGUGUGGCUCAUGUUUUCCCUCACUUUAAAUUUUCCAAAGGCACUAUCGAUUACUUUCUCAGCCAUAUUGUGUUUUCUAAAGAAAUCAAGGAGUUUCCAAAUAAAUUGUCUGCCUCGGGGUGGGAUAUCGGCGAGCUCAAGACAAAUCCAAUGGUUGGUUUCAGUGGCACUAAUGACUCCCGCGAGACCCUUCCUCUGAGUGUAACGCAAUUGGACCUUCCAGAGCAAAAUCACACGAACGCAUUGGUUCUGGAGUAUCUACUACGACCUGAGAAUUCGGUGGCAUUUAUACCCUCGCGAGCCAACAAGUCCAUCUCGGACGCACAAGUGCUGCUGGACAUGGUCGUGACUCUCGAUCCGCCAACACAAGUUAUUCUCGAUGUGGGUGCCCAGAUAUUAGAACUCACCAACCUACAGGUUGCACGAGCCUGGCUAAGCAUAACAUCGGAUGACAAGCAAAAACAGGCCGUUGUUUUUGUCAACGAGUUCGACGUCAUCUGCGUUGUGGACCGCGCUGGAAUCAUUGAACCACUUCAAAUAUCACCAUUUGCCAAGCAGCUUGAGGCAUGCUAUAUUUUCUUGGAUGAAGCUCACACGAGGGGUAUUGAUUUGCGGUUACCAUCAUUUUAUCGGGCAGCAGUGAUCCUCGGGGCCGGUAUGACAAAAGACAAGUUAGUACAGGAAACAUGGAGUGACAUGUAUCGCAGCAUACCCCUUUGGGCGGUUCAGGGGAAGCGAUUUGGUCGCCAGAACGCGUUGUGGAAUUUGUAUCAUGAUCAAAGAGAGAUGCCAUCUAGACAGGCAAAAGCCUUUCUCGAAGAAGAGUCUCAAACCCUUGAACAACGAUACCGGCCACGCCACUCGUCUGACUUUAAGCCUGAAGCCGUACCCUCUCAGACAAGAAAUUUACACCUCAUUCAGCAGAGAUGCCGUCUAUUCAAUGAUCUAAAUUUCAGUUCCGCACAGCUUCACGAGGAACAGGAGCGGGAACUUUCACCGGAGAUCGAAAGAGAGCGGGAGGUUCAGAGGCCACCGCCAGCAAUACCCAAAGAACACCACCUUGACGAGCAUGUAAUAUCCUUUGUAUCUACCGGAAUUAUGGCGAACACCGCGGCCUUUCGACCUGCAUUUGAGAUUCUUCGACAUACAUCGGCCGCCAAUCACCUGGAUCUAUCCGAGUUUCCUCCUGGACUUCUCGUUACCAGCGACUUCGCCGAAACUGUCUUGAGACCCAGAGGCCGUUCAUGUAUGGACGAUUACCAACGCUCAGUCGAGUGGCUUCUGAUCAGUCACGGACCCGUCCCCUCAGUUGUGAAACACAUGCUGAUUAUCAGCCCUUUCGAGGCAAACAAACUGCAUAGUGAGGUUCAACGGUCCAAUGUAGUCUCGAUGCACAUAUACGCACCACGACAGAAUCGAAGUCUCCGUUCUCUUGACGAACUGAAUCUCUAUCCAGUUUCGAAGACUGUUACGGCGAUUCGCAUACCCACAGUUCUCAAGAUACAGCUCAACCUGUUUUCAGGUCAACUUUAUCUGUCAUCGUCUCGCACUGAUCAUAUUGCGGUACUGGAUAUUGACCACCCCGGCUCUGAUGGGUUGUACGCACUACGCGCCUUGGACGUUCGCGGUUUUCACGGAGACUUGGAUUUGCAAGGCUUUGAUGUACAGAAAAUUGGGAAUACGCUCCGAUUUUGGUUGAUUAACCAUAGACCACCGAUUGACUACCUUACCGGAGCUUUCCUCGACCCUAGUGUGGUUGGGGCCAACUCCACUAUCGAGGUAUUUGAUCUGGCGGAAGGCUCGGAUAUACUCAAAUAUGUGAAAACGAUUCAUAGUGAUGCGAUUAUAUCACCCAAUAGCCUAGCUGUGGAUAAGGAUGGCACGGGCGUUGUCAUUACCAAUGAUCACAAUGCCAAGGUCGGUGCUUUUCGUGAUGUGGAGAUGCUGUAUCGCUCAGGUACCCUCACGUAUUGCCAAAUUGAGUCUGGAGAAUGUCAUAUCGCAGCUACGGAAGGACUUGCGUUUCCCAAUGGGGUCGUCAGUGAUCACAACGGAUUAUUCUAUGUCGCGCAUUCUUUGACAGGCACGGUAACAGUCCAUCGUUUGGAAAAUGGUCAAUUAAUCCAAAUCGAGUCAAUUCCGCUAGGCUAUCCAAUUGAUAAUAUCUCGCUCGAUGCAGAUGACAAUCUGAUUGCAGCUGCGAUCCCUGAUCUGCUCGGAUACGUCAAGGCUUCAGAGGAUCCAUACAAUCUUAUUGCGCCAGCUACCGUGCUCUCAAUUGAGAGUAUUGUUGGCCAUAUAACAAGCCACAGGAAUGAUUAUAGGAUUAUAAAAUUGAUUGAAGACGACGGUGGAAAAGUCCUCCCCGGCAUAUCGAGUGCGCUGCACGAUGUGAAGUCGCAACUAUCAGGUGUCAACGAUAUUCUAACCCUCUUUGGAUCUGGUAAAGAGGGUGAUAUUGUAGCUAAGGCCAGGAAUGAAAACACAGAAGCAGCGCGAUUUCAAAUACUUGCAUCCGUUGCGGAGACUUUCGAAGAAUGUAUUUGCUCGCUGAUUUACGAGGCUCGAAAAGUUGUUCGAGACUCAAGUACUACAGUUGAAUUACCUGUUGUAUCUGACUUGCCGCCAGAACCUAGCUCUCCCAUUAGCGACGACAUGGUCAUCGUAGGAGACGAUGCUCGUACACAGUGGCUUGCUGACUGGUACGAGGGCCUUUCAUACUGCACUUGGAAUGCACUCGGUCAGAAUUUGACCGAAGAUAAAAUACUCGAGGCUCUUGAUGCUUUGAAGUCCCAUGGAAUCCAAGUUGUGAAUCUGAUUAUUGAUGAUAACUGGCAGUCUCUUGAUAAUGAAGGCAAAGAACAGUGGCAUCGUGCUUGGAAGAGUUUCGAAGCCAACAAAAAAGGAUUCCCUUCAGGUCUGCGGCAUACAACUAGCGUCAUACGGCAGCGACAUCCAAAUAUUGGACACAUUGCAGUCUGGCAUGCCCUUAUGGGCUACUGGGGUGGUAUAUCACCAGAAGGAGAGCUGGCUCAAAAGUACAAGCUCAAAGAGGUUGACAGGAAGGAUACCGUUGCUGGAGGUAAAAUGCUUGCGAUUGAUCCUGAUGAUAUCAAUCAAUUCUACAAUGAUUUUUACUCGUUUUUGACAUCGGCCGGCAUCGAUGCCGUAAAGACUGACGCCCAAUUCUACAUCGAUUUGCUGGUCAGUGCAGAGGAUCGAAAACGAUUCAUCUCAUCAUAUCAGGAUGCAUGGACAAUUGCUUCGCUUAGAUAUUUCAGCACUCGUGCCAUUUCAUGCAUGUCAAUGACACCGCAGCUCAUAUUCCACUCUCAUUUACCGACCAACAAGCCUAGCAUUCUUGUUCGUAACUCCGAUGACUUUUUCCCAAACAUUGCGGAUUCUCAUCCUUGGCACGUAUUUUGUAAUGCUCAUAAUUCACUCUUGUCGGCUCAUUUGAAUAUCAUUCCUGAUUGGGACAUGUUCCAAACAAGUCAUCCCUAUGCUUCGUUUCAUGCCGCUGCUAGGGCUGUUUCAGGUGGACCAAUCUAUAUAACUGACAAGCCAGGUGAGCAUGAUAUCGAACUGAUCAAUCAAAUAACCGCACCGACGACCCGAGAUACCACGGUCAUACUCCGUCCAAGUGUUGUAGGUCGCACGGUGGAUGUUUACCACAACUACAAUGAAGGAAAUAUACUCCGUAUCGGGACAUACAGUGGUUGGGCUCGCACCGGAAGCGGUAUACUUGGGCUGUUCAACAUCAGCCCGGCAGAUGUCUCGACCAUUGUCCCACUCAAUAUAUUUCCGGGUGUCAAUACAACCGGGGCAAAUUCAAGCUCCUCCUUCCCCUCUAAUGACCAUAGUGACGGCUAUUCCAGCUAUAUAAUUCGAUCACAUUCUACCGGGGUAAUUAGCGAUAUCAUGACACUGAAUGGCGCAUAUUCUUUGGUUUCUGUUUCUCUCACAGUCAGAGGCUGGGAGAUAUUGACCGCAUAUCCUCUCCGCACAUUCACGCUCGAAGGCAGCCGUGGCUGUCCCUCAACAUCCUCCUCAAUGACGUCCUUGCUGACCCACGUUGCUGUUUUGGGUCUCAUUGGCAAGAUGACAGGUGUUGCUGCUGUGGUGACUUCAGAUGUCACAGUUGUCGACAGUGGACGGUUAAAGUUUGACGUGAAUCUCAAGGCUCUAGGUGUACUUGGCAUUUACCAUUCUAGUCUGGAAAGCAAAGAUAUUGAUAAACAUAUCAUGGUCAUGAUUUCAGGACUCGCGGUACCAAGAGAGACCGUAUGGAAGGAUCGAGACAACGUCCUCGCGGUAGACGUUCUCCAGGCAUGGAAGGCGUUGAAAUUAGACGCUGGUUGGAGCAACGAGGUGCGGAUCCAGGUGUUUAUAAAUUAG